AUGGUUGGUCAGGGUAGCUCCAGGCAGCCGUCCUCCGACGCCUCUGACCAUGUCAAAAUGACCAUCGAUGAUUCUGGCAAUCCAAUUGACAAUCUUGAAGCCGCGGCCGGGAAGGAAGGCUAUCUUCUUGACACAUCUCAUGCGCGAAGCGGAGAUCUGAAAACGACUCAGGAUGGGCGUACAAUCCUCAUCCCCCAGCCAUCAGCAUCGCCGUUGGAUCCCCUCAACUGGUCAUGGGCGAGGAAGCAUCUCAUCCUCAUAAUUGUAUCUAUGACUGCAUUCCUUCCUGAUUAUGGAAGUGCAACGGGGGCCGUGACACUGCUUCCACAAUCUGCGAUCUGGAAGAUGACCCCAGAUGAGGUAAACCAUUCACAAGUCGGAAAUGUCUUCAUGUUAGGUGCAGGAGGUGUAUUUGUCGUGGCUCUUGCGGCGUAUUUCGGCCGGUACCCUGUCUUUUUCUGGUUUGCCAUUAUCGCAACUGCGACAGCUGUUUGGUGUACAGCAGCCCAAACCUUUGAAUCUUUCAUGUGGCUCAAGGGGUUAGUUCAAUCACUACCAAAUCGACAUGCGAUCUUUGAGAGCCGAAUUACUGAAAAAUAUUUUCUCCAGGGUGGCCUCAUGUUCAUCAAGGAUCUCUUUUUCUUCCACGAACAUGCGCGAAAAAUCAAUAUCUGGUCUAGCUUCAUCAUUGUCUCUCCAUAUCUCGGCCCUCUCUUCACCGCUUUCAUCAUCAACACGCAGAUAUGGCAAUGGGCCUUCGGUGUUUACACGAUAAUGACAGCUCUCUGCCUAGCCCUCAUCAUCUUCUGUAUCGACGAGACAUACUAUGAUCGCAAGCUUCCUGAAUCUCAGCAGCCUCCUCGUGGACCACAGUGGAAGCGAAUGGUUGGGAUUGAGCAGUGGCACUCACGUCAUCUGCGCAACACAUUCAAAGAUGCCUGCAUGCGCCCCCUUAUCAUUAUCUGCAAACCACCCGUCUUCAUCUCCAUGGUCUAUUAUUUAUUAACGUUCGCCUGGGUUGUUGGGAUUAACACCACCCUCUCUAUUUUCCUUGGUCCCCUGUACAACUUUGGCCCCAAACAGAUUGGCUUUUUCUAUUUCACUCCCGUCACCGCUGCCAUCCUCGGCGAAAUUGCAGGUCACUGGUUGCACGACCUCAUCGCUAGAACGGCCGCACGACGCAACAACGGUCGCCUAGAGCCCGAAUCCAGAUACGUAGCAACCUGGAUCGCAACCCCAUUUAUGUUUGCAGGACUAAUCCUGCUCGGCUUCGCACUCGAGCGGGAGUAUCAUUACAUGCUAGCUUCGCUGGGAUGGGGUCUGUAUGUAUUCGGAAUUAUGAUCACGACUGUUGCGGUCAACGCAUACGUUCUAGAUAGCUACCCAGAGGCUAGUGGAGAAGUGGCCGCAUGGAUCAAUUUCGGGCGUACGACAGGUGGGUUUGUUGUCAGCUAUUUCAUGGUACGGUGGGCGCAUGAACAAGGCACCAUUCGCCAGUUCGGGACAAUGACGGGAAUUUGCGGCUUUGCGUUUUUGAUGGUUUUGGGAUUACAGAUUUUUGGAAAGAGGAUGAGGCUUUGGGCCGGGCCGGCUAAGUUUAAGACGGUCUAAACAUACCGCAGCCAGCCAGCCUUGGAGACUAAUUGGGCGCUUUUCAUUUUGCCGGUUAUGUUCUUCCUACGUCUACUCUGAAGAUUCGUUAUAAAUUUGUAGUAUGUCCAGAACACAAACUGAACUGACGUUUAUUUUAU